AUGAAUAUCGGGCUAAGAUGGGCCCUAGGCUGGGUCCUGGGCCUACUUCUCGCCUUUAUCAACAUCACCUUUGCCUGUGAAGGAAGAUUAUGUCAAGACUGCGAUACAUUUGAACGAGCCGGUGAUGAGUGUCAGUCACAUCAAAUUUCACCUAUGAUGUACUGCGACCCAUCAACAAAUUUAAUUACGAAAUCAAUGACGGCUUUCCUUGAAUGCAAUACGAAUGUGCUCGUAUUGAGGGAAUGCACAUCUGGCACUUAUUUCCAAGAGAAAAAGGGCUGCGUAGAUCCACUGCACCAACCUUUCAUGCAGGCGUCAGUUUCGGGCAGCGGACGUGUUGGAGAUAUUUGUCAAUACAACACUGAUUGUUUGAAUGGAAUGUACUGUUCGGGCGGUGUCUGCUCAUGUUUGAGCACAUAUAUUAUGCGGGAAUCGUAUUGUUAUGAAAAGAUUAAUCCAAAUCAGCCGGGUUGUACGUAUGAUGUGCAAUGUGAGGCGGUUUGGCCCGGGGCUCGUUGUUCGAUGGAAAGUUCGAUUGGUACAUGUAAAUGUCCGGAAGCCACCCAUAUCGCUCGAGAGACCCGCGACGGUUGGGUUUGCGUAUCCAUGCGUGACCAAGGAACCGGAGGAAGUGCUCCUCUAUAUUUUGUAUGCCCACUACCCGAAGGCGCCGGCUUCAAGAUCGCCCUCGACGAUAAAGUCCAUUUUAAGAAAACCAUCAACGAUCCAGCCCCUGAUUUUAAUGGAUUUCCGGUGGCUUGUACUGUGGGAAGUUCACAACCUAUCGAACCAGUCCAAGGCCUGACCGGAGGCGGUGGCUGCAUUUGGCCUUCGACUGGCGAAUUUAUUGGAGACCUUUAUGACUGUAUUCAUACAUCUCCAUUGGCAACGUUGGCAAAAGAAUUUCCGCAGUCGCAUUAUUCGGCGACGGCUGAUGGAGUCUGUUGCCCUUCACGAGCAUUGGCUUGCAUCCAACCACAAGUCACCGGACCAAACCCGACCGAGCCCAGAUGGUGGUACAAUACAGUAACUGGCACCUGCCAACAAUUCAUGUGGGACCCAGCCGCCAGCUCGGCCAGUCAUCACUCCGCAAAUAAUUUCCGCACGAUUCAGCAUUGCGAGAGUUAUUGCAGGGAUACAUGCACGCGCGGUGCCCCACAGUAUACGGCAGACACGGCUCCGUCGAUACAGCAGGAGCGCGCUGUCACAGCCUGUGGAGCAUCAACCUCGUGUGCCAACGAUUUUGCGUGUACAGCAGUUGGCAGUCAACACCUAUGCUGCCCAACCCCAGGAUCAAUCUGCUCGACUCGCGGUGGACGUGCGAUGGACCUCUCGCCUAGAUCAACGGUGUUCCACCCAGGAUUCCUUGUGAACACUGGAAAAGAAAGCAUUCGUUUUUACUACGAUCCAGCACUGGGAAGGUGCCAAGAUUUUGUCUUCCGCGGUUCUGGAGGCAAUUUCAACAACUUCCUCUCCAAACACGAAUGUGAUAUGUUCUGCGCUAGACUACAAUGCGAGCGUGGCACACCCUUACGAGUCGGCGAAGAUGCUCAACGCUGCCAUGCCCAAGCACAAUGCCCUUCCUCUCACGAAUGUAAGAUGGAACAAGGCGUUUGUUGCCCCAGAAAACAAACAAUUUGUGCCCAACCCCUCAGAGUCGGCGAUUGCACCGAAAAUGUUAAAAGGUAUUGGUAUAACGCCAAAACACGUCAAUGCCAGAUGUUUGAAUACACCGGCUGCCAGGGCAACGACAACAAUUUCGCCACGAUCCUCGAUUGCCAGAAUUUCUGCAAAAAUGCAAUUCCUGAACCAAAAUGCAUCCAGGGCCAAGCCUACAAAGAUGUUUAUGGAAAUUUUGUGACUUGUCAGAACGGACAGGGCUGCCCUCAAAAUCAUGAAUGCUAUUUUGAUGGAAACCAGUGGGGCUGCUGCCCGACUAAACCCUACACCUGUUCACUGGCUGCCGAUCCUGGAAUACAAUGUGGCGCAGGGUCGACGUUUAAAUUUUACUACAAUACACAAAGCCAGAAUUGUGAUAGUUUUCAGUAUAAUGGAUGCGAUGGUAAUUCAAAUAAUUUUGCUACUAGAGAAACUUGCGAACACUAUUGUUCCGUUGGUGGAUGCCCUAAUGGCGGUACACCACAUAGAGACCAUUUUGGCCAAAUUACUGUAUGCUCCUCACAGGAAUCUUGUCCGGAUACCCAUGAAUGUAUGCCAGUGUUGGUUGGCCAGAGCACAAUCCAUAGAUGUUGCCCGACAAGAGGGCACAUGUGCUCCCUUCCACCUCAAACCGGAACCCAAUGCGGGGCACAACCGGUUCAACGCUACUAUUUUAACAUCGUAACAGGAUCUUGUACCUCAUUCCAAUUCGGAGGCUGUGAUGCAAACCACAACAAUUUCCUGACGAUGACACAGUGCCGUAACUUCUGCAUGAGCAACGCGUGCCCAGCUGGAAAUAUAGCUUAUAUUGAUCCAAACACUCAACUGCCGAUUGAAUGCAAUGAGGCUUUAUCCAAUAGCUGUCCGCCUGGCUAUGAGUGCACUUUUAAUCCAUUAACCAAUGGACAUGUAUGCUGUGGAGCCACUGAACAGGGCGUUUGCCCGGACGGUGAAAAAGCGUUUGUUGACGUUCUAUCGAUGUCGCCACGAGAAUGUCUCAUUAAUCUGGAAGCUUCUUGCCCGGCUAAUUACUUAUGCCGUUUCAACAUUCAAAAGAACAAAUAUUAUUGCUGCAGCCAUAUCAAAGAUCGUAUGUGCCCUACCGGUCGGUUCCUUUAUAAAGAUACUCGCACAAGAGCGCCCGUUAAAUGUACCAUUGGGAAGCAAGAACAAUGUGCUGAUGGAUAUUCAUGCCAGAGCUAUCUGCCUGAGGCGUUCCAAGGAUUCUGCUGUACUACCAAUUCUAUCUGCCCGGACGAUGCAGAAUAUUUGGUCGACGAAUCCUCACACCUUCCAAGAGCCUGUACUAUGGGCGCUUACGUGUCUUGUCCUUCUGGUUUUUUGUGCAGGUCUUACACUUCUUCCACAGAAGGCUUCUGUUGCCGGGGAUCAUCCGUAUUAGUGGCCAGACCAGUUACAGAUGGCUGCCCACCCGGUAACUUUGUGUGGCUGGUUGGAUCAGAACCAGGCCAAUGUGACCCAUUCAACCCACCGAAUGCCCCAUGUCCCGAGGGUUUCACUUGCCAAUGGUCAACCGCCAAUCAACGAUAUCAAUGCUGCGGCUCCAGCGCUCCAGUGCAACCAAGAGCAGCGGAUGGUUGCCCGUCGGGUCAAGUCGCUUACCGCGAAACUGGCACAGUCCGGGUUUGCACCGCCGGGGCAACGAACUGCCCUGCCGGAUACUUCUGUCAGUUCAGCAACCCGAAUAACCAAUUCCAGUGUUGUGGUGUUAGCGCCGGUUGCCCCGAAGAAGGCGUAGCUUUUAUCGGCGUUUCCGGAGAAGCUGAGAAAUGCGUGGUCGGUCAAUCGCAAUGCCCAGCAGGCUUCGCGUGUCUACGCACCGUAGCUGGUCAUCACACUUGUUGCACAGCUAGGAUCGAACAUUGUACCGAUGAUCAGGUUACGGUGGACGGACGAUGUUUAGAUCGAGCAUACCCAACCCAGAAAUGUGAAUCGAUGCAGCAGUGUGCUGGUGGUUCGUUGUGUCAAGCUGGGGAAUGUGUAUGUCCGAAAGGAACCUCGCAUGUUGGGAAAUACUGUCAAAAGGAGAUUGCACCCCCAGACUGCCAGGAGCGCGAGAUAAUGGCUGGUGGUAUGUGUUUACCGAUUGUCGGUCUCGAGGACAAAUGUACGGUACAGCAGCAAUGCCCAGAUGGAGCAACUUGCGCGCAGGGUCUAUGUGUUUGCAAGCAAGGUAUGACCGAGCGCAAUGGAAAAUGCAUCCAUUCAAUCUCUACUAAAGCAACCCACCAUACCUGUUCGGUUCCGUCCGCGACGGUGUUACUUGAUGACGAUACUGGAAGGGUGGUCCCGUGCAGAAGAAUGGGUGACAGCAAUUGUCCUAAAGGCUACGAAUGCCAAAUCAACUCAAAAAGAACGCAAUAUAUUUGCUGCUCAAUCAUCGAAGGUACCCCACCGACCGUCGCCACCACCAUUCGCGGAAGAAAAUAUAAAAAGACGAGUACCUGCCCGCCAAAGCGUACUGCAUAUUUGGUCAACGGUCAACCGCAGAAGUGCUUCUCCACAAAGUGCCCACAAGGAUAUGAGUGCUUAUAUAGUUAUGGUAAAUAUGUGUGCUGCUCCGCGGCCAGUGGUACCACCUUACCGACCCUUCCCUCAUCGGCAGAAUCAAAUUCGUUGGUUUCGAAUUUCCUGAAGAAGACAUUGCCGACCCUUACCUCGAGCUUCACUACAAAUUCAGCAUCGACGAGCCAGGGUACUGCCGCGUCGUUAAGGGCUACGACGACAGAAUGUGCGCGGGGUGAACCAUUGUUACAUCCAUCCACCCAGUCUCCUGUUUUAUGCUCGAAUCGCAGUGGCCGAACGUGCCCAACUGGAUAUAGCUGCGUAAGGUCGCUCGUUGAUGGGGCUCAUAUUUGUUGCUCGACCAAGAUGCAUGACAUUCGACGGAAACGGCCUUGUGAAGGAUUUGCUGUACUUGUCACCCGAAUACACAACGGAAAACUGAUAAAGCGAUGCGAACGAAGCUGCCCAUAUCCGGAGGUACCAAUCGGCGGCGUAUGCUACGAAAUGCGCGGCAUG